AUGGCCGGGCACGGACACUCCGCUGGCUACGGCUUCCACCCGCAUCUUCCCGGCUUCAAGCACAAGUUCUUGGGUAAGGCCCUCGGCGCAACCAUGUGGUUCUGGAUAUUCUACCGCGCCAGGCAAGACUAUCCCAAGCUUCUCGGCGAGCACGGCUUCCACGACCAUGGCCACGAUGAGCACCACGGUGACGGGCACCACUGA